UGAGAGACAAUAAGAGUCACCAUCAGAAUAAAAUCACAACACUGACGGAGAACAACAUACAGAAGAAAUACUCCAGUCGUGGAUGGAGGAAUAGAUAAAACCGACAGGGGAAAGUCCUCUAAAGUGGACAGAGUGCACUGACACCUGACGGGCUCUCUUUCAGAUUUAGCUGAGUGCCUGCUGUGUUUUCCAUCUCCACUGAAAGAGAAAAUGGCUUCACGAUCAGAGGAAGAUCUCUCCUGUCCUGUCUGCUAUGACAUCUUUAAAGAUCCUGUCAUCCUGUCAUGCAGCCACAGCUUCUGCAAAGACUGUCUGAGGAGAUGGUGGACAGGAAAACAAAUAGAGGAGUGUCCAGUUUGUAAAGGAAGGCCCUUGCAGAGUGAUCCACCUCGUAACUUGGCGCUGAAGAACCUGUGUGAGUCCUUCAUACUGGAGAGAGAUCAGAGAUCUUCAGCAGGAUCUGAGGCUCUCUGCAGUCUGCACGCUGAGAAACUCAAACUCUUCUGUCUGGACCAUCAGCAGCCAGUGUGCGUCGUCUGUCGAGAUUCAAAAACACAUGCUGACCACAAAGUCAUACUUAUCAAUAAAGCUGUACAGAAUCACAAAGAAGAGCUCCAGAAAGCCCUGAAGCCCUUAAAGAAGAAACUGAAGCUCUUCGAACAAGUGAAAGGAAACUGUGAUCAAACAGCAGAACACAUUAAAGUCCAGGCUCGACACACAGAGGGGCAGAUUAAGGAGCAGUUUAAGAAGCUUCAUCAGUUUCUACAAGAGGAAGAGGAGGCCAGGAUCACUGCUCUGAGGGAGGAAGAGGAGCAGAAGAGUCAGAUGAUGAAGGAGCAGACUGAGGCUCUGAGCAGUGAGAUAGCAGCUCUUUCAGACACAAUCAGAGCCACAGAGGAGGAGCUGAGAGCUGAAGACGUCUCAUUCCUGCACAACUACAAGGCUGCAGUAGAAAGAGUCCAGCAGCGCCCCCUGCUGGAUGAUCCACAGCUGGUCUCAGGAGCUCUGAUAGACGAGGCCAAACACCUGGGCAACCUGGCCUUCAACAUCUGGAACAAGAUGAAGGAGAUGGUCUCCUACACUCCUGUGAUUCUGGAUCCAAACUCUGCUCAUCCAGAACUCAUCCUGUCUGAAGAUCUGACCAGUGUGAGACGUGGACAGAGACAGAAAGUCCCUGAAAACCCAGAGAGGUUUGAUUCCCUCAUCUCUGUCCUGGGCUCUGAGGGCUUUGACUCAGGGACUCACAGCUGGGACGUCGAGGUCGGACACAGUCCGGCCUGGGUUCUGGGUGUAGCAGCAGAAUCUGUCCGCAGAAAGGGAGACGUCGCCAUUCAGUCUGGAUUGUGGAGAAUACUGUUUUAUGAAGAUAAAUACACAGCAUGCUCACUACCAGGACCAAACACCGUUCUCUCAGUGAAGAAGCUGCAGAGGAUCAGAGUUUGUUUGGAGUGGAAAAGAGGAAAGUUGUCCUUCUUUGAUCCGGAUACCAACACACACAUACACACCUUCACACACACUUUCACAGAGAAGUUGUUUCCAUACUUCAACUCUAACAAAAAAUUGCCACUGAAGAUAUUACCCGAGCAUCACUCUACAGAACACAAAGUGUCCAGCAGCGGUUGGUGGCCUUUUAGUUAAUGUGUUCUUCAGUUCAUUUCAGAAAACAGCUGUGAAUACUCAGUUUUCCUCUCAAUUUUGAUGAAAAUUUGAAUGUACUAAAUAGAAUCUGUGCUGUAUAAAGUUACUCUUAUAAUGGCAGUGAUUGGGGCUCAGAAGACAUUUUUUAUUUAGCCAAGUGUAAAUGCUGUCAUUUUGACAUAGUGGACACGUUUUCCAAACAGACGAUUAUUACAUGCAGGACUUGUGGUGUGCAUGACAAACAUGUUCUUUUGUUAAAUCACUGAGAAUGAUUGAGAUCCAACAGACAAUGUAUUUUACAAGUUUGUAUAGUUAUAAUCAAGUAAUUUGAAUAAAACAUUUCUGU